CUAGCUGCAAACACUGAAAACAUUCAACAAUGGCAAUGACUGGAAAGUAUGAGCUGGUAUCAUAUGAAAACUAUGAACCUUUUAUGAAAUUCUUUGGUCUUCCCGAUGAAUUGAUCCAGAAAAUCAAAAAUUCAAAGAAUUUUUACGAGAUUGCGCAGAAUGGCAAACACUUCAAGUUAACAGCCACCACAGGGGACGAUGUUCAACAUAACGAAUUUACAAUUGGUGAGGAGGCUGAGAUACAGAUCCUAACAGGGGAGAAGUUUAAGACUGUUGCCCAACUUGAAGGUGAUAAUAAAUUGAUCUUAAAUCUCAAGGGAAUCAAAUCUAUUACCGAACUAUCUGGAGACACUCUAACUAAUAAGGUGGGCACAGCAACAGGAAGAGUGCAACAAUCACAGCUGGCAAUGCCACUAACUGGGAGCAGUACUACCAGCAGUAGUCUGGACAUGGGACACAGUAUUGAUGGAAGUCAACAGAGUCAGGUACGACCUUCAACAUCACAACAACGCCUUCAGCCUAUUUUGGGAGGUUUUACUCUAGGGGGAUUUCCAGGCUGA